AAUACAAAGAACAUCUUACAUGACAGAUUAUACAAGAAGGAAUCUUUUAGAUUGGUCAAGGUGUUUUCACAUUAUUUACAGAAUUAUUGGAGGGCUCAUUGAUCUACAUCAAGAUUCUCGAUUGAGGAUCAUACAUAAAGAUCUCAAAGCAAGCAAUGUUUUGCUUGAUAGUGAAAUGAGCCCCAAAUUUUCAGACUUUGGCAUGGCUAGAACAUUUGGCAGAGAACAGUCUGAGGGGAACACACAGAGAGUGGUUGGAACCUAUGGUUUUAUGGUGCUAGAAUAUGGGCAAUUCUCAGUAAAAUCCUAUGUUUUCAGCUUCAGGAUACUGUUAUGGGAGAUAAUAAGUGGGAAGAAGAAUAAAGGGUCUUAUCAUCUCAACCAUAGGCCUAACCUUAUUGGCAAUGGGUGCUUGGAUUGGGAGAGAGAAAGAGAAGGAAACAGACUUUCUUAGAUUAAAUGGGUAGGAAUUUGGGCUAAGUUAAUAAUAUGAAUCAGCAUGCUUUUGAUUGGUAUUUUCUGUUACUGGGUUCUUUCUGUGCAUAUAUUGAUAUUUCCUGUUAUUGAGUUGCCUGUAUUGAAUUUGCAUUCCUCAAGUGGAAAUUGGAACGCAUGUGUGUGACUUGUAAUGAACCUAGACCUUGAGUUGACUGUAUAACAUGCCUUGUGGUUUUUCUUGCCUUGAAACUUCAUGUGUGAAUAUUACAGACUAUGCAUACUGAGAUUUUACCUUGCCCCUUUAUUUUUUCCCCUCCUUUCAGAUUAUUAGCUUGUGUAGUGGUUUAUCGCAGCUUAGCAAGCUUUGGGUAUAAGUCAUUGAUGCUGCUAGUGUGUAGGAGUUAGAAUCCUCAUUAUACUUGAAAGUCAAGUAAAUCAUCCUCAUUAUACUUGAAAGUCAAGCAAAUCAGUGUAUAAUCAAAACUGGAGAUUGCAGGUUAUGACUCUUCUGUAUAUCUUCUUGAAAAGUACAUGCAUAUGCUGCUUUGUAAAUCAUUUUUUACUGCACAUUGAUGAAUAUAAAAUGAAAGGAGCUUGGCCUUGGCUUCUGCCAAUCUUGUUUUGAACAACUUAGCAUACCUUUUGUUUACAAAAUUUGAAAAUAUGGUUUCAGUACUUGAAUUGCUUUAUAUAUUCCUUGUUAAAUAUUUAUAGUUUCUAUUACUCCCACUUCAUAUGUUUUUAUUAGUAUGAUUCUAGUUUCCUUGAAGGAUUAAAAGAAACUAAAACCAGGGGCAUUACAGUUUAGAACAUUCAACUUGUUGUAACGGUUUUAGUUUUGUUUCAUUAAAAAGAGAUAAAAGAGCGUUUAUAAUAUAUUUUUUGGGUACCU